AAUGUUCAGCUGAUGGAUAUAUAAAGGGGUCCAGUGCCCCACGUUACGAGUCAGUGCAGCGAGAAGUUCCCUCAGGAAGAACCCGCAAUUUUUCUUUCGAGGCUACAAACAAGAACUCCGAAAUAUCAGCAUGAACCAAUUGACAAUCGUCUUGUGCGUCUUCGCUUCCGUAGCAGCCGGCGCUUCUCUGGAUGUGUAUGCACCUAGCACCCCGCCAAUUCCCAUUCUGAGGCAAAGCGCGGACGGUCCAAAUCCAGACGGAAGCUACAGCUAUAGCUACGAGACGGCAAAUGGUAUCCAGGCGCAGGAGGUCGGCUAUAUUAACUACGCAGGCACUAAGGCCGAAUCUCGCGAAGCUCAAGGCAGUUACACUUACACCGCGCCGAACGGUGAAAUUGUCCAAGUGACCUACGUGGCGAACGAAAACGGAUUCCAACCUCAAGGUAGUCACAUCCCAACUAUUCCACCCGAGAUUCUCAAGGGACUCCAAUACAUCGCUGCUCAUCCCGAAGAGAACAAUAUCGAUGCAAAGGAAACGGUGAAUCUGUACAGAGCAAGAAGAUCAGUCUAAGAGCUCCUCGAAACGUUUACGCCUGAACCAAAGUCGAGGAUGUACAAAAUCGACCGGUUUUCCAUUCUUCGAAAACGAUUCCCGGUUAUAUUUUUGAAUGAGAAUCCUUGGAGUUUUUUGAGACUCGAUUCGUAUACUAUUUUUGUACUUGCGCAUAUUACUUUAUAGGGUUGUUCCUUUUUAUUCAAAUAAAAAAGUU